AUGUUCUCUUGCGCCAACUACGAGCGAGGAUGCCGGGGUCGCUGCAACCGCAUGAACGGACGAUGCGAUAGCUGCCACACACUCAACCUCCAAGUCCGCAGCAACAGCGCCUCAUCCACAUCAUCCACCAACGGUCUACCAUCAGCUGCCUACUCAGCCAUGACCAACUCAUUCGCAUCGCUGUCACAACUCAACUCUCAAUCAUCGUCGACAAGGGCGCAAUAA